AUGUGGCAAGACCCCCCAGGUUGGGAACGCCACGCUUCGCAGAGAGGUGGUGGCGCUCUGUUUCUACACAACCCCACCACCGGCGAGUCAGAGUGGUUCACCGGAUGGGUGCAGAAAACCUCCAAGUGGUACGGCCGCAAGUACUGGUUCCAGCCGACCACGGGCCGGGCGGAGUGGGAUCUCCCGCCCUCGGCAGCAGCAAGCAACUCGGGUUCAGCCUCGUCCGCGGCCGCCGCCGCUUCCUCCGGGGGGCAACAGCAGCAGUCCCCGUUCGUGCAGCAGCAGUCCUCCGACGUUCCGGCCCCCAGCGGCGACAAGGUGAAGAGCUGGAAGGAGAAAAUCCUGGCAGCCAAGGCGAAGGCCAACGCUGCCGCCUCAACAGAGGCUUCGCCACCGCCGCCGCCGCCGCCACCGCCCCCGCCGCGUGCGGGGGCAGCAGCGGAUGGGGAUGGGGAUUCAUCGGGGGACGACAUGGAAGUCGAUGCGGAUAUCGCGGGAGGGGUGGAGCUGCUGUCCCCCUCGGACAUCGCCCCGGCGGCGGACAUGCUGCUGGAAGACGUGCCGUCCGUGUCCCUCCGGAGGGAGGAGCUCAGGAAGGACUGCCUACAGAGGUUCGCCGACGUGAACGAGGAGUACGGGAAGAUGAUUGGCUACUCCAAGACUUGCCGCAGCUGCAGGGAGGACGGGAUGGUGGUGGGCUUGAGCGGCAUGUUUGGGAGGUUUUUGUGGGUGCAGCACAUGCGGCAGACGAUGGCGCUCGCUUCCGGAGAGUCGACGCGGACGUCAAAGUUGCCUCCGGAUCCUGUGUUUCCUAGCCUCGAAAAUGAGAUCGAUGACAAGCUCGUCAAAGAGCUGGUGGAGGGCAAGAGGUCCCAGUCGCAGGCGAAGAGGGUGUUACAAGAGUUGUCGAGCGUUUGCAGGGCGGCGUCGGUCGAGCUGGAAGUCAUGCUGCAGGCAGAGCUCCCCGGGCUGCAAUCGCACGUUGUUGUCCUCGAGGAGGAGGUGCCGACACCAAAAGGAGACAUGGGCUGGCGUCCGGUGACCGGCAAGGGCGCCCGCGUUCCCGGCCCCAACCCCAACUCCUCCUACAGGCUCCGAUACGUACCCGCAUCCGCCGGCCAGACGUCGGGGCGGCGAGAGGCUUCCUUCGCCAUCACGGGGGCGCACCUCCACAAGACGUGGUCGGCGUACUGCCGGUGUGUGGGGGGGGACUCGCCGGUGUGGGACCGUAACUUUCUGCGGCGCUUGUUCUGCGUCCUCUCGAGAUACGAGACGUUGUCGGCGACUUCGGACGGGUACCAGAUGGCCUUCCCGGCCUCGGGCUUCCGGCUGCUGCGACACCUGGUGUCCGUGGACUGCGAGUGCUUCGCCAGCCCUCUCAACUGCACCUUGUCAAGAUUUUGCUCCGUGGCGUACGACACGGAUAAGUUCUUCGGAAGCGAGGGCAACUUCUUUCAGUCGGAGUACCAGCAGGGAUCCUUCGAGGCGAACCCGCCGUUCGUGGAAGAGGUGAUGGAGCGCAUGGUGGACCACAUGCACCACCUCUUGCGGAGAGCGACGGGCCCGAUGUCCUUUGCAGUGAUCGUUCCCGGGUGGGACGACGACGGAUGCGUGAGCUACCAGAACAUGAAGAACUCGCGAUUCGCAAGACCACACCCUGGCUUCUACCUGACCCUGCAGAAGGGCAUGCACAACUACCGGCCGGGUAUGCAGCACAGACAGGACGUCGAGGAGAAGCCCUCCAACUGCAACACCUUCCUGUUCAUCCUUCAGAACGACUGGGGAGCAGACGCGUGGCCGGUUUCCACUACAAGUCUAGGCCAGCUGCAGGCGGAGCUAGAGAGCGAGGCGAGGAUGCUGGCUGCCAGGAAUUGCUAGCCUGCUGAUGGUUGCCUCAAUUAUAGUAGACCCGGCCUUCGGAAGGAGGGGUUAGAAUAGACAUAUGCUUUCCG